GUAUACCGACAGAGAAUGAGGAAGUGCAUUGCUGUACCUCUGCUGCUCUCCUGCACGUGAACUUCGAGCAGCGACUCUUUGUUUUCUAUGACUGACUGAAGCUCAAUUGCAGGCCUACGCUGUUUUCUCCAAUUGCGCCACGUCACACAAAGUAAAUGAAGACCAUGGACAAGCUGAAGUCAGAGCAGGACAGACUCUGCAUGUGGCUUUCAGAUGACCCUGAUCACAUCCUGCAAGAGUGUGGGAAUAUUUUAUCUUUGAAUGAAUUCCUAGCGAUUCAUAAGCAGAGCAGUGCAUACGAGAAGAUGAGAGAGCUUUUGAAAAUCAUCACUGAAAAGGGAGGAGAUGCCUGUCAGAGCUUCUUUGACAUUCUGAGGCAGAAUCAAGCGUGUUACCCGAAACUGCAGCAGCUUUUCAGCCCUAACACUCAAGGGUCACACAAUCCAACAGUGGUUGCCGUUGGUAACAGUGUUGUUACCGCCAGAGAAAUAACAAAUAUAAAAGCUAAAUCCCUCUGCAUGAAGAUUGAAACAGUGAGUGAUCCAGGAAGUUGUCAGUCUGGAAAUGUUAUUGGAAAAGUUCUCCAGGCAGAUUACAGUGCACAUGGUGGCAGCGUAAUCUGUGCUGAUAGAAUCUCUGAUGCCACUAUUGACGCUGAUGUAGAUUUCUCAGUGUCUGUGCAAACAUCACAAGUAUAUGCAGGUACAGUAGAUGAGACACCACCUUCCUCUUCCUCUCAGGGCCCUGCUGUGAACAUGAUCAUUGAGCACAAGGUGGAACUCAUCGACUGCCUGAGGGCGGAUCACUCCUUCAUCCUGCAACAUGUUCAUGCCGGAUGUAUCGUCACAGACAGACAAUAUCAGAAUCUGAAGCAUAUCUGCCUGCCAGAAAAAACUCUCACCGACCUGAUUGAUCAAGUUAUUGACAACGGUCAAAUAUCCUGCUCUCUUUUCAUCGAAGUUCUCAAAAAUCCAGAGGUUGUCAGGACCUAUCCACAGCUCAAAGACAUUACAAGAAAUUUGUGCUAAGGAAGGCUGAAUAGAAGUUCAUUCAUUCAGGUGAUCAAUGCUGUACAUUUGGAACUGACUCUUCAUACAGUUCUGACUAAAGUAUUGAAUUCUAUGCUUUCAUAAUCUGACCCUGUCCCUUAAUAGAUGCACAUGGUAAUGUUCAUAUUUAAUAGUGUUUUUUGUGUGUUUUUUAACUUACAAAUUGACAUUUUAAAGAUAAAUUGGCAAAUUCUGAGCAAUUUUCUUCUGAAUGAACACCACAUAUUGUGAAGUAGAAAAAAAAGACCAUUGUUGCACAUAAUCUACCAAGCCACUAGAGGUCACAACUAUGCAAGAUCUUUUUUUUUUUUUAAAUAUGUUUGGGUUUGCCAUGGUAAUGACAUCUGCACUGCUGUAUUGAGUACCUCAUAUUUGUUUUUUUUAAUCUUUUGUAGAAUUUGUAAGAAACCGUUUGUGCUUUUCUCCAUCAAAAUUCAAUAAAAAAAUAAUUGAAUGAGA